AUGCUCAUGGACUCCACCACAGCCACAGCGGAGCUCGGCUGGACCGUCUAUCCGGUGUCGGGAUCCAGCGACAACAGCUGGGAGGAGGUGAGCGGUUACGAUGAAAACAUGAACACCAUCCGGACCUAUCAGGUGUGCAAUGUUUUUGACAACAACCAGAACAACUGGGUGCGCACCAAGUACAUCCGGCGGCGAGGCGCACAGAGGAUCCACGUGGAGAUGAAGUUCUCCGUAAGGGACUGUAGCAGCAUUCCCAAUGUCCCCGGCUCCUGCAAAGAGACAUUCAACCUUUACUACUAUGAAUCAGAUUCUGACACAGCUACCAGGACCUCGCCGGCCUGGAUGGAGAAUCCCUGGAUCAAAGUGGACACUAUAGCAGCCGAUGAAAGCUUCUCCCAAGUGGACCUCGGCGGAAGAGUGAUGAAAAUCAAUACUGAGGUCCGCAGCUUCGGCCCCGUGUCGAGAAAUGGCUUCUACCUGGCAUUCCAGGACUAUGGCGGCUGCAUGUCCCUUAUAGCUGUCCGGGUCUUCUACCGGAAGUGUGCUCGCAUUAUCACCAAUGGGGCGCUCUUCCAAGAGACGUUGUCAGGGGCUGAGAGCACUUCGCUUGUGGCGGCGCGUGGGGUUUGCAUACCCAAUGCCGAGGAAGUGGACGUGCCCAUUAAACUAUACUGCAACGGUGACGGAGAGUGGAUGGUACCCAUCGGUCGAUGCAUGUGCAAGGCUGGCAAUGAAGCGGCGCAGAACGGGACCGUGUGUCGAGCGUGCCCAUCAGGAUUCUUCAAGCCGACCCAGGGGGACGAGUCAUGCAAACAGUGUCCAAUCAACAGCCGCACAACCAGCGAGGGCGCUAUCAACUGUGUCUGCCGCAAUGGCUACUACCGCACCGAUUCGGAUCCCUUACAGAUGCCCUGUACAACGGUCCCAACAGCCCCGCAAAAUGUUAUCUCCAGUGUGAAUGAGACUUCGGUCAUGCUGGAGUGGAUGAGCCCUCGAGAUUCAGGCGGCCGCGAAGAUGUCGUCUUCAACAUCAUCUGCAAGAGCUGUGGCGGCGGCCGCGGGGGCUGCACGCGCUGCGGCGACAAUGUUCAAUUCCUGCCCCGUCAGCUGGGUCUGACAGAGCCACGGGUGUACAUCAGCGACCUGCUGGCACAUACACAGUACACGUUCGAGGUGCAGGCGGUCAACGGCGUGUCGGACCAGAGUCCUUACUCGCCACAGUACUCCUCGGUUAACAUCACAACCAACCAAGCUGCUCCGUCAACUGUGUCCAUCAUGCACCAAGUGAGCCGUAGUGUGGACAGCAUCACUCUCUCUUGGUCCCAGCCCGACCAGCCAAAUGGGGUCAUCUUGGACUAUGAACUGCAGUACUAUGAAAAGGAUCAGUCAGAGUACAACUCCACCGUAAUCAGGAGCCAGACCAACACGGCGGUCAUUCGGGGCCUCAAACCAGGGAGCAUCUACGUCUUCCAGGUUCGAGCACGUACCGUCGCCGGCUUUGGACGCUACAGCGGCAAACUGUACUUCCAGACCAUGACGGAAGCCGAAUACAACACCAGCAUUCGCGAGAAGCUUCCCCUCAUCAUCGGUUCGGCAGCUGCAGGCCUGGUCUUCCUCAUCGCUGUGGUCGUCAUCAUCAUCGUCUGCAAUCGGAGGCGUGGCUUCGACAGGGCCGAUUCCGAGUACACGGACAAACUGCAGCACUACACAAGCGGCCACAUGACUCCAGGAAUGAAGAUCUAUAUUGAUCCGUUCACGUAUGAGGACCCCAACGAGGCUGUGCGGGAGUUUGCCAAGGAGAUUGAUAUAUCCUGCGUGAAGAUUGAGCAAGUCAUUGGUGCAGGAGAGUUUGGCGAGGUGUGCAGUGGCAACCUGAAGCUGCCUGGCAAACGGGAGAUGUUUGUGGCCAUCAAAACCCUGAAGACGGGCUACACGGAGAAGCAACGGCGGGAUUUCCUCAGUGAGGCAAGCAUAAUGGGGCAGUUCGACCAUCCCAACGUCAUCCGCCUGGAGGGCGUGGUCACCAAGAGCAGUCCUGUUAUGAUCGUCACCGAGUUCAUGGAGAAUGGAUCUUUAGACUCCUUCCUAAGGCAAAAUGAUGGCCAAUUCACUGUAAUCCAAUUGGUGGGAAUGCUUCGGGGCAUUGCCUCGGGCAUGAAGUACCUAGCCGACAUGAACUACGUGCACCGUGACCUGGCUGCCCGCAACAUCCUAGUCAACAGCAACCUGGUGUGCAAGGUGUCGGACUUUGGUCUCUCGCGCUUCCUGGAAGAUGACACAUCAGACCCCACCUACACCAGCGCCCUGGGUGGGAAGAUCCCAAUCCGGUGGACUGCGCCCGAGGCCAUCCAGUACAGAAAGUUCACCUCAGCUAGCGACGUGUGGAGCUACGGGAUCGUCAUGUGGGAAGUUAUGUCGUACGGGGAAAGGCCCUACUGGGACAUGACUAAUCAAGAUGUCAUCAACGCCAUUGAGCAAGACUACCGGCUUCCGCCCCCCAUGGAUUGUCCCAGUGCGCUGCACCAGCUAAUGCUGGACUGCUGGCAGAAAGACCGCAACAACCGGCCAAAGUUCAGUCAGAUCGUCAACAACCUGGACAAGAUGAUCCGGAAUCCAAACACCUUGAAGGCUAUGACCCCGUUAUCCUCCGGUGUGCAUCUGCCUCUGCUGGACCGCAGCAUCCCAGACUUCUCCAGCUUCAGCACAGUGGACGAGUGGCUGGAUGCCAUCAAGAUGGGCCAGUACAAGGACAACUUUUCCAACUCUGACUUCACCACGUUCGACGUGGUAUCCCAGAUGACCAUGGAUGACAUCCUACGGGUGGGUGUGACGUUAGCGGGCCAUCAGAAAAAGAUCCUCAACAGCGUCCAGAUGAUGCGGGCCCAGAUGAACCAGAUCCAGUCAGUGGAGGUCUGA